AUGUAUUUACCAAAUGCAGGUUGCGAAAUAGCAGAAACGCCACGUUAUUCCGGUUCUGAUAAACGAGAGGCAUGCAUAAUAGCAACAAAAAAAUGGCAAGCUGGUGACGAAAUCAGAUUCUGCACCGGGGUUCUUGUUCCGAUCACAAGUGAAGAAGAAAGAGCUCUUGAAGGCGGACGAGAUUUCAGUAUAAUGUGGUCGACCAGAAAAGACUGUAUGUGCUUACUCCUUGGGCCAGCUAGGUUUGUCAAUCAUGAUUGUAAUCCGAAUACACAUUUUAUUGCGACUGGGCAAAACACAAUCUCUUUUAAAUUACUCAGAGAUGUGGCGGUAGGUGAAGAGUUAACGGCUCAUUAUGGCGAAAACUAUUUCGGCCAAGGCAAUGAAGAAUGCCUUUGUGUUACUUGUGAACAGAAACAAACUGGUGGCUUCAAGAAAGUCAGAGAUGAUACAGAGGAAGACACAGCCUAUGAAGGUUUAAGGCCUUUUGUAUAUAACGAUGGCAGGCUUGUGAGGCGCAGCACGCGUCGGAACAAAUCUAUUCAUUUUAAUAACACUAGCAAAAAUAAAUGUAAACCUGCACCUGCUCGUGUUAAUAUCAAAAAUAUGGAGAUUACCGAUGACGACGACUUAGUAGAAAGUUCAAGUUUGGCUGAUGCAUAUUCUAAGAGGAAUAAGGGUGGCUUUGUAAGGAAUUUAAAUCAAGUUAAUAAAAAAUUGCAAAGCACGUCUGAUACAAAUUUUGCUCAACAGACAGAAUCCUCGUCACCUACAUCAAUGGAUAUUGAUACUACUGCGGAUGAUCAUGUCACUUCUAUGCGAACACGAACGAACGUUUACGACCGCAUUCCACUUGUAUGCGAACGUCCCGCUUCGACUAGCAUGCAACCUACCGUUAAUACUAACGUUCCAGGACGUACUACCUCUAUCAGGAUAGAUGGUAGAAAUGGUCGUCCUGUAAAUUCGUCAUCUAAUAUGAGAAAGCGAACAUUUUUGGAGCCUAUGAGUUUCAGAGCAAUGUUUUCGGCAACUCGUAUGCGCCCUAAUACUUCUUUUGAAGCGAUGAUGAAUCCUCCUAGUAGAACAACUCAAAACGUUACUUAUACGAGCGAUCAAUCAAGGAUUAAUCUAUCGUCAACUACGAUUAUUCAAGGAAACAAUUUUCAACCACCAAAAAUUUCUAAUAAGUCAAAUACGGUUUUUCAGGAAAGCCGAGGUGGCAGUUCUACAUCCAUUUCAUCAUCACAGCGAUCUAGUAAUAAACCUGAAAUGUUAUUACAUACUUCUUUAACGAAUUCUGGGGCAAAACAGGAAAUUACAACUGGGCUGUCAAUUCAAUCCAAUGCGAUGAGUGAACAAUCGUCAAGAACAGCAUCAAAUUUCGUUCCUAAUAUAAGUCGUGGUAUUAAUCCUAUUUUAUCAAGGUUUCCUCGAUCAUCCAAUGAUAACGGAAAAUCAUUUACGAAUACAGAUGCAAGUAAUAAUAUCUCGAAUCCAGUCAUUAAUCUGCGCGAAUCUGAAUUAUUGCAUACUACUGGAACGAAAGAACAAAUUUCAAGUAUUGCACCGGUAACUGCUAACCAUGGAGAAGAUACUACCACAUCAAGGUAUAAUCAAUCUCGAAAUCUUGGAUUUAGUAGACAGUACAUAGCACCAUCUGUCAGUGAAAUAACGGGAUUUACUAAACCUCGGCCGAUAAAUUUACUUGAUCCAGAAUCGGGUGUAAUGUUAACGGCUAAUCCAAAACUUAGAAUUUCUUGGGGGAUAGAGACAACCCGGCAGUUUAUAAUACCAGAGAAUAAAGCGACGUGGCGUGGUCUAGCAAACGCAUAUAAUGGAACAGAAAAUAGAUCGCGAGUCUCUAAUAGUAAUACUUCGAGAAUGUCAAUUGCUUAUUUAUGUAGUGAUGAUUUGUCUUGUCAAAAUGGCAUCUUGACUUCAUCGCGUAAUGAAAAUAGUCAAAAACUUCCUUCAAACUUCAACGACAAACAUAAUGUGAAAAGGUAUUGCCGAGUAUGUCAUGAAAAAUUUGCGCCACUUCCGACGGAUAUAACUUCUUACAAAUGUCCAAGGUGUUCGCGACAUUUUAGUUUAUAUAAUCUUGAAUGGCCACUGCGAAAACAACCUAAAGAAAAAGGGAAAGCCAAAGAGAUUAAGAAUCGUGGCGAUACUGCAAAUCGUCGAGAAAAAAAGGCAACUUCACUGGCGACGAUGACGAUGAUUACCAACAAUAACAAAGGAAAGGCGAAAGUAGUUGUACCUGCAACCCCUGCAAUUCAUGUUGUAGACAAGAAAGAACAUAACGAAAGAAUGCAGGCGAUAAUUUUUGCAGAAAGCAACGUCGAGUGGCUCCCUCUCCCCGGUAUUGAUAAAGAGAAAUUUGAAGUAGGUGAGGAACAGCCUACCGCUGGAAGAGCCUUCAGCGUUUCGAUGAAGCGCAAAAAAAAUGAAAAGCCCACCAUUAGUGAGGUUUGGUACAAGCCAUUCCUCAGAUGGAGCACAAGUACCGGAUAUGUGCACUUAAAUUCAGUCUGGCGCUAUAUUGAAAACCAUACUUCGGACAAUAACAAUAUCAAUCUGAGAGCGGUUAAAAAGAAAGUUUGUAAAACAUCUCAGAGUGACUUCGAAGAAAACGACUUCCGUGCUGCAUCCUUACAAGGAGGUUAUGCAACUUAUCAGGGUGACUGGGUUCCAUAUGAAGACGCCCAGAAGAUCGUCGAAGAACUCGGUCACUCCGAGUUACUUCGAAAGUUUAUUUUGCCUCCCAGCGGGAAUGUUACAGCGACUCCUUCCGUUCCUUUGGAAGUCGUUACCUUUAAGAGGAGCUAUGAAGAUGUAGAUGCGGAGGACUCUGAUGUCGAACCUUCGCAGAAAAACUUGCUAAGGAACUCAAAGUGGUUGGUUUCCAAACCGAAGGAUACAAUCGUUCCAUCUCAACAGCAUUCAUUGUUGGCCGUGGACUACCUUGCAGAAAAAAAAUAA